AUUAGUGACCAACCUUGAUAAGAGCUCGUGACGGAUACCUCGAUACUUAGGACUUUUGAAAGAUUCUUUGUUGACCCCGAACGUUAACGUGCCUUCCCCCCUCACAAACACUCCAGAACCCAUAGGUCCGGCGUGAUACCUUACUCUGAUCUUUGGAAAAUAAAUAUUUUUUAACUUAAAAACAGAUCUCUUAUCGAAAUGAGUGUGCUGAUACAAUGUCAGAAAUUGAUAUUGGAUUUGCAGAUUUUGUUUUUGACACAGACUACCAUUUGUAUUUUCGUUUCUACUACCGCAAUUUUGUAACAAUCUUCUUUCCAUUCUUUGCACUUUUAUUUCUCAAUUUUAAAAUUAUUCACGUUCUGGCAAGAUAUGAAAAAGAAAAUUAUCAGUUCCAACUGCUCAAUUCAUCUACGGCUACCGCUAAACAAAUUAAGAGAAAGAAAAUAACUAGAGCAGCAACAAUUACAACAAUUUUGGUUGUUUGUACAUACCUUGUUUCGAACAUUAUUAGCGUCGCACUUACUACAUGGGAACAUAUUGAUAAGGAUUCCCUUAUGUCUGAUUAUCUACAAUUUUACUUAAUCUCAAUUGAUCUCACUUCUUUCCUUGUUUUGUGUGCCUGUGCUUUUCGUCCAAACAUUUAUUUGAUUUGCCAGCCGGCACUCCGAAAAGAAGUUUUUCUAACUUUAAAACGUGCCUUUCGAAUGAAUGAUGAUUUUGGUGGACUUGACCCGAGAACUGAAUUAAUUAAUGUUUUUGAACCAAUGUAUAAUUCUUUUGUCUGCUCCAAAUCAGAUAAUAGCAAUAUAUUCUGUGGACAAUUAUUUUCGCUGGAAUCUUCACUUCCAUUACACACUACCGCCCAUGACGAAAAGAGGGCCUCAUAUGCAGAAUCCAUCAAAAAGCGGCUUUCAAUCCCCUCACUAAAGAGUGCUUCUCCCUUUCACUUGGCCAAACGUUUUUCUAUACAGCAAAUGAGGAGGGAUUCAAUAAAUCCUCCAAAUGGGCAUUCCCCGCCAAACGGCCAAUGUGCUGCUGGACAGAUUAAAGAAGAAGAUGAUGAGGAUAAUAUUGAAGAAACACAGCAACAACAGCCAGCAUUACCCCCUUAUUAUAGAAGAUCCUCUAUUGGACAAAAUAUUGUUGGUGGAAGUUACCCAUCUCCUCUUAGCCAUUUGGAGCGUUUGAGUGAAGAGAGGGAAGAUUCUAGUUCGCAGCCAAGUACUCCAGCAACAAUAGGCGCUUUAAGUCGUAAAUCUACACGUAUAGAAAUGUGUCUUGGUAAAGGAGAACUUGUAAGAAGUAUUUUGUUUAGCGGACAUGAAACUUUGUUGUGAUUAAUUUUUAAAAAUAAUUUUAAAUUUUUUUUUGUAAUUUUAUAAACACAUUUUUUAAAUAAAUUUUAUAAUGUUUGAUUUUCAUUGCGUAGGAUAUAAUUUAAAAUCCUGCUUAAAAAGGAUCACCGAAUCAUCGAAGCAGGAUGUGAUGCGCGUGAGCAGCCAAAGCAGCCUCUAUCUAUUCCAUUGGUGUCCAUAGUACAAAAAAGCGGGUUAUGGGACUUUUAUAAACACAUAGACUGGCAGCAAGUU